CGACUCAUUUUAAAAAAUUUGAGAGAAAAUUCGAGGAUAAAAGCUUAAAUAAUACAAUAUUUGCAUAAUUGCAAUGAAAAUAUAGAUAGUUGUUACUCGGGUUAAUAUAAAAUAGAUAUUCUCGUUUUCAGUUGAGUCACCUUUUGGAAAGCAUAAACAUUGAAUAUAGGGAGAAGUCCAAGGAUUUUCAAUAGUUUGGAGAAAUUGUGUAAAAAUAACAAUAACAACAUUCAGAAAUUUCAAAAGUUUAGCGAAGAGUCAUGAAAUGGAGACAAGAAAUUUGCAGCUUUACAUGUUAUCGAUCUGUUCUUCUUCUUCUGCUGCUGCUGCUGCUUUCAUUCACAUCCUUCUGUUCAAGAUUUUGCUUUGCCGGCGAUACCAUCACAUCAGCAAAUUUCAUCAAAGACCCAGCAACCAUUUUGUCUAAUGGCGGUGUCUUCUCGUUGGGGUUCUUCUCGCCUCUUAAUUCUACACGCCGAUAUGUCGGAAUUUGGUUCCAGAAAAUUUCUUCACAAGCUGUAGUAUGGGUGGCCAACAGAGACAACCCUGUCAAAGAUACUUCUGGGAUUUUCACUAUUUCCAAUGAUGGGAAUCUUGUCGUCUUGGAUUCAAACAACAACAUUCUUUGGUCGUCGAAUGUUUCUUCCUCUGUAAUUGGAACCGACAACACAAGUGCUCAGAUUUUAGAUUCCGGAAACCUGGUUCUGAAAGAUUCUACGUCUGGGGUGAUUAUAUGGGAGAGUUUCAAACACCCUUGUGAUAAAUUCUUGACUUCCAUGAAGAUUAAGACGAACACAAGAACUAAAGAGGUGAUCGGCUAUACCUCAUGGAACACCCCUUCCGAUCCAUCUACUGGAAGGUUUUUGUUUCAGCUGGAUGUUCAUAAUAUCCCUGAAGCUGUCAUUUUGAAUGGUCGGGACACAUUUUGGCGCUCCGGUCCAUGGAGCGGUCAGUCCUUUAUUGGAAUACCUGAAAUGAACUCUGUUUAUCUCUCUGGAUAUAACCUCGCAAUCGAAGACCAAACUUACACUCUUUCUCUUGCUUCCAAAUAUGCCGCUCGAGAAUUUUCUUAUUUGUUCUUGAACUCACAAGGGAUUGUUCAGCAAAUGGAUUGGGAUGCUGAGAAGCAGCACUGGAGUGCUAGUUGGUCAGCUCAGAAAACAGAGUGCGAUUUGUAUGGCGCUUGUGGGGCGUUUGGGAUCUGCAAUGCAAAAACAUCCCCUGUUUGCAGCUGCUUAAGAGGGUUUGAGCCAAAGCACGAAGAGGAAUGGAAUCAAGGAAAUUGGAGUAAUGGGUGUGUGAGAAAGACGCCAUUAAAAUGCGAGAACAGGUCUAGUACAGAGGAAGAUGGGUUUUCUAAACUGGAAAUGGUUAAAGUUCCAUUUUUGGCAGAGUGGUCUAAUUCCUCUGCUUCAGUAGACGAUUGCAGGCGCGACUGCUUGGAAAAUUGUCGAUGUUCUUCUUAUGCAUUUGAGAAUGAAAUAUGCAUGCACUGGAGGAAUGCCUUAAUUGAUAUACAAAAGUUCGAGAGAGGUGGAGCAGAUCUGUACCUUCGAAUGGCAUUCGCAGAUUUAGAUUCAAGUACACUCUUCCCAAACUUCCUACAAUUUCAUUAUUUCCAUCUAAAUCUCUCUAACAUUUCUGUCAUUUGCGGCGCAGAUAAUGUAAGAGACAAGAAACGAAUUACUAUAGCCGUGGUUGUACCAGCAACGCUUGUCAUCUUCAUCAUUGCCAUAGCAUUUUGCUGGAAAUGGAAGACUAAAAAACAGAAGAAGAAGAUAAUGCUGACGUAUGGUGAAAGAGAAAAGAAUUUGAAGCAAACACGGGAGAGUGAUAGUAUGAUUGAGGAUGAUAUCAAACUUGAGGAGCUACCACUUUAUGACUUUGAGAAGCUAGCAAUUGCAACCAAUGAGUUUGAUAUGAGCAACAAGCUUGGGCAGGGUGGGUUUGGGCCCGUAUAUAAGGGGAGGUUAUUGAAUGGACAGGAAAUAGCAGUAAAGAGGCUUUCAAGAGCCUCUAAACAAGGGUAUGAAGAGUUUAUAAACGAAGUGAGAGUGAUUUCAAAGCUGCAACACAGGAAUCUUGUACGCCUUUUGGGAUGUUGCAUUGAAGGAGAAGAGAAGAUGUUAAUAUAUGAGUAUAUGCCCAACCUAAGUUUGGAUGCCUUCAUCUUUGGCACCCGUGUAAAAAAAUUCCUCGAUUGGAGUAAAAGAUUUAAUAUCAUCGAUGGAAUUGCUCGAGGUCUUCUUUACCUUCAUAGGGAUUCGAGAUUGAAAAUCAUUCAUAGAGAUCUCAAGGUAAGUAACAUUUUGUUAGACAAAGAUUUGAACCCUAAAAUUUCAGAUUUUGGCAUGGCAAGAAUUUUUUACAGUAAUGAAGUUCAAGCAAACACUUUAAGAGUUGUUGGAACGUAUGGAUAUAUGUCUCCUGAGUAUGCCAUGCAAGGUCAAUUUUCAGAAAAAUCGGAUGUAUUUAGUUUUGGAGUCUUAUUGCUCGAAAUUAUUAGUGGGAAAAGAAAUACAGAGUUCUACGGCCAUCAACAUGCCAUAAGCUUACUCGGAUUUGUAUGGAAGCUAUGGAUUGAAGACAAUCUUAUUCUUUUGAUUGAACCGACAAUCUAUGAACCAUGUUACCAAUUAGAGAUUUUGAGAUGCAUUCAAGUGGGGCUCUUAUGCGUUCAAGAAUUUGUAAAUGAUAGGCCAAAUGUUUCCACUAUCAUUUCAAUGCUUAACAGUGAAAUCGUUGAUCUUCCUUCUCCAAAUCAACCCGGCUUUGUUGGCAGACCAUAUGAAAGUAGCACAGAAUCUUCUCAACCAAAUUUAGAUAGAUAUUCAGCCAAUAAUGUUACAGUUACUACAGUUGCACCAACAACAGCCAUGAAACCCGAGAAGCUUUUGAGCUUUUCAAGUCUUCUUCUUCUUCUUCUUCUUUCAUUUUCAUAUUUCUGUACAAGAUUUAGCUCGGGGAGCAGAGAUACAAUCACAUCAACAACCUCCAUUAAAGACCCUGCAACCAUAGUUUCAAAUGCCAGUUCCUUCCAGCUGGGGUUCUUCUCACCGGCUAAUUCCACGAAUCGCCAUGUCGGAAUUUGGUUCAACAACCAAAUUUCUCCACAAACUGUAGUGUGGGUAGCCAACAGAGAUAACCCUGUCAAAGAUUCUUCCGGGAUCUUCACAAUUUCCGAGGAUGGGAAUCUUGUCGUGUUGGAUGGAAACCACAACCUCCUCUGGUCUACCAAUGUUUCUUCCUCUGCAACCAUCGUCAGCGCCCGAAUUCUAGAUUCCGGCAACCUUGUUUUGGAAGAUUCCGCUUCCAAGAUGGUUAUCUGGGAGAGUUUCAAAAACCCAUGUGAUGUAUUCUUAGCUUCCAUGGAAUUUAUGACGAACACAAGAACUAACGAAAAAAUAGAACUAACCUCAUGGAACAACCCUUCCGAUCCAUCCAUGGGAAGCUUCUCCUUGGGGCUGCAUGUUCUUCACAAUAUUCCUGAAGGUGUUGUUUGGAAUGGGCAGAAGACGUAUUGGCGAUCUGGUCCAUGGAAUGGUCAAAUCUUCAUUGGCAUACCCAACAUGGAUUCAACUUAUCUCUCUGGAUAUACCCUCGACAUAGAUGAUCAAACUUACUAUCUUUCAGCCACUUUUAAUGAGGAUGAAAAUUUCGGUUACUUGUCUUUAAGCCCACAAGGGAAUGUUCAAGAAACGUAUAUGGAUUUUCAGGAGAAGCGGUGGAGAGCUGGUUGGUCCGCUCUACAAACGCCGUGUGAUUUCUAUGGCGCUUGUGGGGCGUUUGGGAUCUGCAAUCCAAGAGCUUCCCCUGUUUGCAGGUGUUUAACAGGGUUUAACCCAAAGCAUGAAGAGGAGUGGAAUCGAGGAAAUUGGAGUAAUGGGUGUGUGAGAAACACGCCAUUAAAAUGCGACAUGUCCAACAAAACCAGUAUUGAGGAAGAUGGAUUUCACGUGGAGAGCUUGGUUAAAGUUCCAUUUUUGGCAGAGUGGGUUGAUUCCUUUUCUUCAAUACAGGAUUGCAGAGUCAAAUGCUUGGAGAAUUGUUCGUGUAGUGCUUAUGCAUAUGUAAAUGGUAUUCGUUGUAUGCUCUGGAAAGGGGAUUUGAUUGAUAUACAAAAGUUUGAGAGCGGUGGAACGGAUCUGUACCUUCGACUGCCAUAUGGAGACUUGGAUCAUACAAAAGAUGUCAAAGGCCAAAGAGGUAUCAUUAUAGGCAUAGUGAUAUCAGUAACGUUUAUCAUCUUCAUCAUUGUAACAUAUAUAUGGUGCAGAUGGAAGAGUCGCAAACGAGAGAAGAACAGAUCAAGUACGGGUUCAAAGGAAAAGAUUUGGAAGUUGAGAAGGGACGAUACGAUUGAGGAUGACGUUAAAUUGGAGGAGCUGCCUGUUUAUGACUUUGAGACGUUGGUAUCUGCAACAAAUAACUUCGCCCCAAGCAACAAGUUAGGACAGGGAGGCUUUGGUCCAGUGUAUAAAGGAGAAUUGGUAAAUGGAGAGGAAAUAGCAGUAAAGAGGCUUUCAAGAGUGUCUAAUCAAGGGUAUGAAGAGUUCUUAAAUGAAGUGAGGGUCAUCUCAAAGCUACAACAUAGGAAUCUUGUGCAGCUUCUUGGUUGUUGCAUUGAAGGAGAAGAGAAGAUAUUAAUAUAUGAAUAUAUGCCCAACCUAAGUUUGGAUGCACUAAUCUUUGGCUCCCCCGACCAAAAACUAAUAUUGGAUUGGCGGAGGAGAUACAACAUUAUCGAUGGAAUUGCUCGAGGCCUCCUUUACCUUCAUCGAGAUUCAAGAUUGAGAAUCAUUCAUAGAGAUUUAAAGGCAAGUAAUAUUCUAUUAGAUAAAGAUUUGAAUCCUAAAAUAUCAGAUUUUGGCAUGGCGAGGAUUUUUUGUGGUAAUGAAGUUCAAGCAAACACUUUAAGAGUCGUUGGGACUUACGGGUAUAUGUCUCCUGAAUAUGCCAUGAGAGGUCAAUUUUCAGAGAAAUCAGAUGUGUUCAGUUUUGGAGUUCUAUUACUUGAAAUCAUAAGUGGGAGACGAAAUACGGGAUUCUACCUCGAAAAUCAUGCCUUAAGUUUAUUGGAAUUUGUCUGGAAGCUACGGAAAGAAAACAAUCUUAUUUCUUUGAUUGAGCCAACAAUCUAUAAAGUGUGCUAUCAAACAGAGAUUUUGAGAUGCAUUCAUGUAGGGUUGCUGUGCGUUCAAGACUUUAUAAAGGAUCGGCCAAAUGUCUCUACCAUUAUCUCAAUGAUCAACAAUGACAUUGUAGAUCUUCCUUCUCCAAAGCAACCUGGCUUUGUUAGUCGACCACAAGACAGUAACACGUCAUCUUCAUCUCAACCAACUUUAGACCAUUUUUCUGUAAAUAAUCUUACUCAUACCACAAUCAUACCCCGAUAA